AUGCCCACCGCCCCCAAUCCCCCAUACUCCCACCCCCGCAAGAUGCCCCCCUCCCUCAUCGAGCUGCACUACAACCGCGGACACCCCAUGUCCGACCUCGCGCUCCACGCCGCGCAGUAUUUCCGCCCACGCAAGCUGACCACUGCCCAUGCGCUCAUGCAAAAUCGAAGUCACAGUCGAAGCCAAAGCCACAGUCAAAGUCGAAGCCAGGAUUAUCGCGAAUGGUAUACGGGUAGUGCGAAGCGCAAGGUCGGCGGGAUCCCCGACGAGGGAAGCAGCGCUACAGUCUCUACACGCUCAACCACACGCUCAACCACGAAUGGCCCGGCGCCCGACACCACCGCUGCACGACCAGCGAAGCGCCAGAAGGUGUCGACGCCCGCACCUGCGAAUGCGCCCAUCACACUUUCGGCGAGCGUGGAGGCGAUGCUGGCGAGACAGGCGUUGAAGGCGGACCCUAUGAUAUACCGCCGGACGCGCCCCGCAGGUGUCCGUGUGCGCGCUGGGAGCGAUAGCGAUGCCACUGCCACUCCCGCUGCUGCCGCUGGGGACAAAGGGAAAACAGUAGGAGGAGGAGCAACUGCUAACGAAGAGAGCGCGAUUCAAGGCACGAACAAAGAAUAUGGAGGAGCUGCGCAGGGUCCGUCGGGUCCGUCGACGAAGGAAACGCCGUUUCGAGUGCGCAGGGCAGCGGAAGCACCGACGAGGGGCCCAACGACGUCGUUUGCGUCGCCGCCGAAGUACAGGAAAUAG